AAUCGCAGUGCGUGCCGUUGGGUCGUCGCUAGUCGCAUAUCGAGUAUCCGCCCCAUGCUUCGGAUAUAACUUCAUCGUUAAGCCGAGAAAUUUCGGAACGCGAAAAGUUUCGGAAAGCAAAAGUUCAAAGCAAAUAAAAAAAGUUCAGGCCGCGGCUCUGGGGCCAGCUCAUCGCAUUUGUCGAGCGGAAAAAAGUGUUAAUCGAAAAAUAAUCAGCUGCCAAAGAUGGCCACAGCCUGUCUGCCGGAGCUCGCGGAGACCUUUCACAUCCCCCCGCCAGAUACAGGAACAAACGAAAGUGGCAGUGGCAGUGGCAGUGGCACUAUAAGCCAGAGAGAACCCUCCAAAAGCAGUGGCUUCUUCUACAGCGCCAGCACCCAGUACCGGAGUAAGGUGCAGCAGCUGAUCAGCUUCAGCUUCACCUCCUCGUUCCACCUGCUCUUCAUCACCUGCAUCCUGAGCAUCAGCAAGUUCUGCAAUGCGGCGGCGGUGAAUGCCGCCCAGGUCACCGCUGCCACGCCCACCGCCAGCGAGAUCAUGCACAACCUGGGCGGAUCGGCGCUGCUGGAGCGGCUGAAAGCCAGCACUCUCGGUCCGACCCUCGACCAGCUGAAGCACCUGGCUCCGGCGGCGGCCAACAGCAUCAGUCCUGGCAUCGGAAUGGGCCACUUUGGCAACUCCAUCAACUCGGUGCUCAACGGAAAUCCGCUGAAGUUCCUCAACGUCUCCGGCAAGGUGGGCACCCCACUGGAUGUCUCGCUCGGCCUGUCCAACUACUGCGACGAGAAGCAGUUCCAGUGCUCCUCGGGCCAGUGUAUCCCCAUACGGUUCGUGUGCGACGGGGACUCCGACUGUCCGGACCACAGCGAUGAGCGGCUGGAGCAGUGCAAGUUCACAGAAUCGACUUGCAGCCAGGAGCAGUUCCGCUGUGGCAACGGAAAAUGCAUUCCGCAGAGAUGGGUCUGCGAUCGGGAGAACGACUGCGCCGAUGGAAGCGACGAGGCAAUGACCCAGUGCCGGAGUCAAACCUGCUCGCCCGAGCAGUUUGCCUGCAAGUCGGGCGAGGGCGAGUGCAUUCCCUUGUCCUGGAUGUGUGACCAGAACAAGGAUUGUCGCGACGGAAGCGAUGAGGCCCAGUGCAAGAGGACGUGUCGCUCGGACGAGUUCACCUGUGGCAAUGGACGGUGCAUCCAGAGUCGCUUCAGGUGCGACGACGACGACGAUUGCGGCGACGAGUCGGACGAAAAGAACUGCGGGGACAAGCCGAAAUGCGAACCCGAAUCCUUCACUUGCCCCAGUGGCACCUGCAUUCCCCAGCUAUGGGUCUGUGAUGGGGAACCUGACUGCAGCAAUGGAGCGGAUGAGAUGCAAAACUGCACAGCAAGCCUGUCCCUGUGCAAGUCUUCGGAGUUCCAGUGCUCGGAUAUGAUUACCUGCCUGGACAGAUCCUGGGUUUGCGAUGGCGAGGCAGACUGUUCUGAUGGCGAGGACGAGUCGCUGGCGAAUUGCCCCCAAACAUCCUGUCGUCCGGAUCAGUUCCAGUGCGACGAUCGCACCUGCAUCGCUGGACGCCUGACCUGCAAUGGCUACCACGACUGUUCGGAUGGCAGUGAUGAGAAGGAUUGUCAAAUGAACUCGACGCCAAGGGAGUGCAAUUCGACCAGCGAAUUCGAUUGCGGCGGUGGUCAGUGCAUCGCCCUCUCGAAGGUCUGCGACCGCAGGAAGGACUGUCCGAAUGGCGAGGACGAGCCGGCUGGCAAGUGUGGCAUCAACGAGUGCUCCACGAACAACGGAGGCUGCAUGCACCAGUGCGAGGACCUGGAGGUGGGCUACCGCUGCGUCUGCCACGAUGGCUACAAGUUGGCCGAGGACCAGCGCACCUGCGUGGACAUCGAUGAGUGCGAGACCCCCGGGAUCUGCUCCCAGGUGUGCGUCAAUGAGAUUGGAGCCUUCAAGUGCGAGUGCGAGGAGGGUUACAUGCGGCUGCUGCGGAAUCACACCAGGUGCAAGGCCAGCGAAGGACAUGCCUCGCUGCUCCUGGCCCGGCGUCAUGACAUCCGGAAGAUAGCCCUCGACCACAUGGAAAUGACGUCCAUAGUGAACAGUACAAAGGCAGCCACUGCCCUGGACUUUGUCUUCCGCACGGGCAUGAUCUUCUGGAGCGAUGUGACCACGAAGAGCAUCUACAAGGCGCCCAUCGACGAGGGCAGUGAGAAGACGGUGGUGCUGACCAAAUCCUCGGUGACCUCGGAUGGCCUGGCUGUGGACUGGAUCUACAACCAUGUCUACUUCACGGACACCAACAAGUGCACCAUCGAACUGACCAACUUCGAGGGCAGCAUGGGCAAGGUCCUGGUGCAGGACUCGCUGGACAUUCCGCGAUCCAUCGCCCUGGAUCCCAUUGAGGGCUGGAUGUACUGGUCCGACUGGGGAGCCUCGCCCCGCAUUGAGAGGGCGGGAAUGGAUGGUUCCCACCGCACUGCCAUCAUUACCUACGAUGUCAAGUGGCCCAAUGGCAUCACCUUGGACCUGGUGCAGAAGCGCCUCUACUGGGUGGACGGCAAGCUGAACUCCAUCUCGUCGGCCAACUACGACGGCUCGCAAAGGCGACAGGUGCUGUACUCCAGCGAGUAUCUGAAGCACCCCUUCUCGAUCACCACCUUCGAGGACAACGUCUACUGGACCGACUGGGACAAGCAGGCGGUGUUCAAGGCCAACAAGUUCAACGGGGAGGAAGUGCAGGCCGUCACGGCGACGCAUAUGGUGGAACAUCCGAUGGUGGUGCAUGUGUACCACCCCUAUCGCCAGCCCGACGGUGUCAACCACUGCCAGUCGGUGAACGGCCACUGCUCGCACCUCUGCCUGCCAGCGCCCAGGAUUAACGAGCGGAGUCCUCGCAUAUCCUGCGCCUGUCCGACGGGCCUGAAACUGAUGCCCGACGGCCUCAUGUGCGUCGAAGAUCCGCGUAUCCCAAGUGUGCAGCCCACUGCACCGAGCCACCGGCCCACCAGCCAGUCGUCCAACUCGACCACAGAACUACCUCAAGAUGCGCACAGUGAAGCGCCGGAUCGAGCAAUAAGCGCUGGCAAUGGCACAGACUCAACCGUCAGGGUCGAUAAGUCUGCCGAAAAAACGGAAAAGGAUUACGGCCAAAUAGCUCUCAUUGUGAUAGCCAGCCUAACGAGCACAGCCCUAACGGCAUGCGUAAUAUUUGUCGUCUAUCGACGCUGCACGCGGGCCGUGAACUCGAUGAACUUUGAGAACCCCGUCUACCACAAGACCACGGAGGAUCACUUCAGUCUGGAGAAGAACGUGACGCCGCACAUGUACGCCACUGCCAUGGAGGAGGAGUCCGUCAAUCCCCUCUUUGAACCCGGCACCGAAUGUGUCUAGGGCACCGCCAAAGAUCCACUUAAAUGCAUAUCCAGCAAGAACUGGCCGGCUGACCGCGAAGACCUACAAAGCAUCUCCUACUAGUAAUUCCUUUUUGGACCAAGGCCCCAAAAAACUCAACUAAAUAAGUGAAAGUUCAAUGUGAGAAAUGCUAGGAACAUGUAACUUUCAUUUAGCAGUAAGAAAUGAAGAAUGCCAAAAAGAAAAUAGAAAAGACAAGACAUCAGCAAGGGGGAAAAUGAAAAUACUCAACAAAUUCAAUUUGUUGCCUAGUUUAAAAUUUAAUUUAAAUGUAACAACACUAAACACACACCCACACACAACCAUACACACACACACACUGACACGCCCAUAAACUAAUAACAACGCAAACUUUUCUAGGCGCAACGUUUUGACAUCGACUAGCGUCGCACCCACACAAACACGAAAGCAUAUCCUUGCGCCCACACAAGCAACGCCUCACACUCACACUCACUCGCAACCACACACACACCACACACACACACACUUGAGCCCAGAAGAACUCAGAGAAGGAACGAGGCAGGAUUCAGAGCCAGAAGUCCAACUUUCCUUUCACGUCCAUGAAAUCAAUUGUAAAAAGUUAAGACAUUUCGUUGAAGUUUUUUGGUACCAAAAGAAACAUUUUGUGAACUCGAAAAAUAAGAUAAUAGCUAAACUGAAACUGUUUAUAGACCUAACAAUUAUUGUGACUAGCUAUAAUAUACAUAUAUUUUUUGUUACCAAUGAAUUAAUAAAAGCAGUUAUUAUCUUGAGAGUAAAGUUUUUAGCACCAAGUUGGACAACUUUUUAGCAAAAUAUUUGAACAAAGAACUCUCUGUAAAUACAUGAAAAGUCAACUGAAGCAAAAACUUAAAACUAAAAUGUUUAGAAAAAAUUUACAAGCCAAAAAAAGAAAAUUAGAAUGUUUAAAAUUGUAUGCAUAUUUACUUUGCUCCGCGUUUCUUUCUUGGGUAUUCAAAACAAUUUGCUGUGAUCAGUUUAAAAGCAUUAAACCUACAUUAAAUCAUCUUUUUUUGUAGUAAGCCUAAUAUUCUUCUCAUUUAUUUAGUGUAUAAACAAGCUUUCAUAUGUUUUAAUUUAUUCACCAAUUUUACACAGCAUCAAACAUUUUAAUGUGUAUUGGCAAUUUUUGGUUCCUGUGAAAUGUAUUUUAAUUUAGGCAUCGAAAGUAUUUGCUUUAAUGCUUUUUGAAAGUAACAUAAAAAAACAAAAUAUUAGCUAACUAGAACUGGUAUGUGUGUAAAGUUGAAUAAAAAAAAUUUAUGAUGGUAAUAAAACAAAUUAAUAAAGAA